AAAUAAAGCCGAAGCCUUCGUGCCCCUCAUCAAGUUGAGGAGUAUCUGGUGUUAAGAUGAAUUACUUAGGAUGUGAAAGACUUAUUUUCAAUCCCCGUGUUGUUGUAAUCCACUGUAAUCCAUGUUGCCGUAAUCCACUUUUUCACCAGUAUAAAGCAAAUGCUAAGACCUCACGUCAGCUGCAGAGGGGUCCAACACUCCAUUGAGCAUACCUGAAGACGCUAAACAGAACAACAGACUUGUCAAGAUGGUUUGGGAAGGAGGAAUGGAGCCCAAUGGCACAGAGGGCAAGAACUUCUACAUCCCCAUGUCCAAUAGGACUGGGCUUGCGAGGAGUCCUUUUGAAUAUCCACAGUACUACCUUGGAGAUCCAAUUCUGUUCAAAAUGCUUGCUGCCUACAUGUUCUUCCUGAUCUGUACUGGCUUCCCCAUCAACUUUCUGACACUGGUGGUCACAGCUCAGAACAAGAAGCUCCGACAACCUCUCAACUUCAUCCUGGUCAACCUGGCUGUGGCUGGACUGAUCAUGGUUUGUUUUGGGUUCACCAUCACUUUCGUAACCGCUAUUAAUGGCUACUUUGUUUUCGGACCAAUGGGCUGUGCCAUCGAGGGAUUCAUGGCUACUCUGGGAGGUCAAGUUGCUCUCUGGUCACUGGUCGUCCUGGCAGUUGAGAGAUACAUUGUUGUCUGCAAACCCAUGGGGAGCUUCAAAUUCACUGGAACUCAUGCAGGUGUUGGAGUUGUUUUCACCUGGAUCAUGGCUCUCGCUUGUGCUGCCCCUCCACUGGCGGGCUGGUCCAGGUACAUUCCUGAGGGUCUGCAGUGCUCCUGUGGACCUGACUACUACACUCUGGCUCCAGGCUUCAACAAUGAAUCAUACGUCAUGUACAUGUUCAUCUGCCACUUCUGUGUCCCAGUUGGCACCAUCUUCUUCACCUACGGAAGCCUUGUGCUCACAGUCAAAGCUGCUGCAGCUCAGCAGCAGGAGUCAGAGUCCACCCAGAAGGCUGAGAGGGAAGUGACACGCAUGUGCGUCCUGAUGGUACUGGGAUUCUUGGUGGCCUGGACCCCAUAUGCUAGCUUUGCUGCUUGGAUCUUCUUCAACAAAGGAGCUGCUUUCUCAGCUACAGCCAUGGCCGUCCCUGCCUUCUUCUCAAAGAGUUCAGCAUUGUUCAAUCCCAUUAUCUACGUACUGAUGAACAAACAGUUCCGUAACUGCAUGCUCUCUACAGUUGGAAUGGGCGGUAUGGUUGAAGAUGAGACCUCAGUAUCAACCAGCAAGACAGAAGUCUCCUCUGUCUCUUAAGAAUAAUAGCACACCUCCAGACAUCCUCCUUCCUGAUGUCUUACUCAGUGGCUGUCUUGCAAAAGGAAUAAGCAAACGGAUACAAGUUAAUGAUCUUUUCUGCAACAAAUGGACAUUAAUCUCUGGGUACAUGCCAGUCACUGCAUUUUACCUUGCACAUUCCACAUUUGUGUGAAUCUGUGAUAAAAGCUGGACCCCAACAUCAUAUGAACCACACCUGAAAGAGAUUCAAACAAAACAUCUCUGAAACAACCUAAAGUGUUUUCUUGUAAUAAUGGUGAUGGUAUGUUUGGAUGUGCGAGUGGGUGAGAAUCCUCUGUGUAUAUUUAUGACGAGGUGAGGUUAACGUAUUUGUUGGCCUCUGUCAUAAUAUUCUGUAUAUAUUUUAUAAACAAAAAAAAGUGUAGAGAAAAGUUAUUAAAUGCAUGCAUAAGAAGAUGUCUUGGUUGUUGUUUUCUCUUUUAUAUUUACACAGAUCAGUUCUCACAUGGUUUUACAUGGAAACUGAGAUUUUGUUCAAAGUAAUUCACUGAU